CCCUGGGAAGCAGAGGGGAGAUGGACUGAGUUGGGCCUUGAGAGACUCAUCCUUUCCACAGUCCCAUGUCACUCUCCUGUCCUCUCCACAUCCAUCUCUCCUAACCACCAACACCAGGGCCCAGAAUAGUAGGUGUGGUGAGCAGCCUGCUCACAAGUCUGCUCAAACCUCAGUCCUGAUGCUCAAGUGCAUGGAGGAUGGGGUAGGCUAUGCCCAGGGCCUUCAAAAGAAGAGUGUCAGUGGGCAGAUGAGACUCACACAGGCUCUCUGUUAGACCUGGUCAAUGACCAGGUCUUCCACUGCAAGGACAGCCCCAGAGAGAUUGGGCCUCUGGUGCCAUCCUCUGGGUCCUUGACCCAACGAAGGGUGUAUGGGAGCACGGUGUAGAAUGAAAGGCCAGGCCUCUGACUCUGCUCCACACAUGACUCCCCCAGUGCCCUCUCUGUCAUCUUGAACAACUGGCCAGACCAGUACUUGCAGAAUUCCUGGCAGCCCCUGCACUGUCCCUUUUUCAGGCUAAAGGGAAUGUAUGUGCAGGUCGACUUACCUGGCUCAGAUCUGGAUUGCCGUGACCCUCUUAUCCUGGUCAAGUUGGAGCUUCUAGAGGCCACUGAGGCAGAACCAGAGGUGCCAGCUCCAGGGCUCCAGCCAACUGCAGAGCCAGAACAGUGGCCAGUUGUGGAGGUAGAGCUGGCUCCAGCUCCAUUGAUAUCACCCCCUCUAGUGCUGGAGCCAGCAUCCCCUCCAUCAGCAGUGUUGGAGCUGGAGCAAGGGCCAACUUCAGCUCUAGCAGGAAUGGCAGCUGCUGAGCUGGAGUCACCUGGACCAUCUUUUCUGGUGGGAAUUCCAUCUCCAUCUCCAAAAAUAGAGACAGAGCCAGCUCCAGCCCCAGAGCCUUCCUGCCCCAAGGCUGUGGCCAGUAAGAACCAUCCGAGUGAGAAGAAGCCUAACCUCAUGGCCUUCCCUUCUAAGCUGGUGGCAGAGCAGUUGACUGUAAUGGAUGCGGUGAGCAGCUGGGCUCUCAGGGUGGAGUGGGGCAGGCCUUCCUUCUGCCAUCAUUGCCCAAGACCUGAUCCAGACUCCUGUGAUCUGGGCCCGAAUCCCAGCCCCACCCCUUACCAACUAUAUGACCUGGGCAACUAUCUGACCCCCAAGCCUUUGCUGUCCACCUGCAGACCGUAGAGGUGGACACUAACAGGACCUGCUCCACAGAGUGGCUGUGCCGAUUCAAUGAGGUAGAAGAGAUGGAAAGCUGGGCAGGGCCUGGGACAUUCAGUGGAGGAGGGGAAUUCACUGUGUGCAGCAAGGUCCAUGGUGGCCCAACCAUCUGCUCAGGAGUCUCAACAGCCUCAGCACUUAUUAGACACCUGAUAUGUACUUAACCACAAGGAAGACAAACAAAGCCUGUGGUUGUAGCUGCCACAGGGGAAUGUGCAUCAGAAUGUGGAGUGGGACCAGAGGGGCGAUCAGGGUGCUGAAAUAUGCCCCCUUGGGA